ACAGCUCAUACUGCACAUUCACACCUAGGCUUUAACUUCACAAUAGUAAUUUAUUUUCUGCUUCUUGCAUUACCUUUUUCCAACUUGACACACUUAAUUCUGCCAUCCUUACUUGCAUGCCAGGUUCACCUGUACACUGUCCGAUUGGAAAUGUGGUCUGCUCAAUCAAUUCUUCUUUUUCUUUCUCCUUCCCUCUCUUCCUAUUGCCUCCUCUCUUUCCCUCUCUUCCUAUUGCCUCCUCUCUUUCCCUCUCUUCCUAUUGCCUCCUCUCUUUCCCUCUCUUCCUGUUGCCUACCUCUGUCCCCUUCUCCUUCGUCAACCCUGCUGUAGCCCUAAGAAGUCGACUUCUUCGUCAGACGACUCGGACUGUGACACCAGUCCUCGGCUCUUCUCCGCCCCCCCUCCCUGCGGCCCCUCUCCCUCUCACUCCCACACACACAAGGCCUCGGCUCACACCGCCCUCGUUGUGGGGAAAAGGUCGAUACAGCUGCGCGAUUGUGACAAUGAAGGAAUGUUUUAGCGCAUUCAGAUUUAAUUGGAGUAAUAUAAUCGGCUGCAUUUCUGAUGAGCUGCUUCCUAAUAUACUAAUGAUAUAAUACACAGAAGAGCUAUUGCAGUUUCCCUAACAUGCAUCAAUAAAUAGAUGGCCUCUUUGCAGUAUCAUAUCUUAAUUACUGCCUAUUCUAGAGAAGAUUUAAAGCAAUUAUAUUCAGAUUCCUAUUCCAUAGCAGUGUGAUUGUAAAAUCCUGAUUUGGUCGAUAUCUUUUGCAUCAAAUACCACCGCUUUUGCUGCUUAUUGUAUCUUUUCCUCCUUUUCUUGCUCUUUCAUCCAGUUCACAUGCAUGCACUCAUCACCUCUCUGUCCUUUUUCUCCUCCUGCCCACCCUGCAGUCCUCACAUCCCACCACACACUCCCCCACAGCUCCCCGAGACACAGCCCCCUCUGUUACAGCCUCCCCCUCUGGUGUUCCCCCCAGUGGACCCCACCUCAGGUCCCAGGCUGGUCAAAUGCGCAAAGUGGCCUCUCCUGGGGCGCCACGACCCCCGGGAGCCGCCAGACCCUUUUGAUUAUGAGGGCAUGUGCCCCGACCUGGAGAACGACGACAUGUUUGCCAGGCGGACCUUGGCCUUCCAGUCCAACACGGACCUGGCCAUGAUAAAGUCUCAGCUGCCCCACAAACGCCGUCUCUACACAUCUGAGCCGCAACUCAAUAUCAUCACCCAGCAACACGGCCGCGGCGGCACAGAGGAGAGCGACUUCCCUGACAUCGAGCAGGACGAUGUGGUGUAUCGUAAGGAGAAAACCCAGCAGACUCAGAGACCACUCUCGGGAGCCCCUGACAACUACGCCCCCAUGUCCAUCCCGGAGCCGUGGGCUCUGCCUCCCAACCUCAAGGCCAGACUCCUCUGCCCGCCGUGCCCUCUGACCCAGAAGGCGGCAACAGAUAAAGAGGAUCAGGUUGAGAUGGAGCCACGUCCUAAAACGGAUGACAUGCUGAUUCGUAAACUCGGAGCUUGUAUUGAUCAGAGCCAAUCAGCCAAUCAGAUGACUCCCUCAGUGCCUUCCUCCUGUAGCGAAGGUGACCUGCAGAGGUGGCAGGCCAUCAGGGAGGCCAGCCGGCUGAGAUAUAAGAAGAGGCUCAUGGUGGAGAGGCUAGCUGCUCUGAAGCUGUAGAAACAUGUCGAUGCAACUGUAGCUUCUCUUUACUUUGUAGGUGUUGUCUUCCAUUUUUUUCCUUUUCAGUCUUUAGAUCUCCUGUCUGAUGCUGAGUGGGUCUGGACAGCAUGUUUUUAAGGCCUUCGCUGUUAGAGAUGAGAGUUGUACCAGAUUAAACUCUUUUAUCUGAAAACUACUAUGCAAUGUUUGCAUUCACUGGAUCCGUUUUGUGUGUUUCAACAGAAAAUGGAGGUAGACUGAAGUAGUAACCCUGAAAUACUACAUGGUUUUCAUGCAGAGUGAAUAUAUGAUAUAUUGUAAGUGCAAGUUUUGGAUGUCCAGGUUUCACUUUAAACCCACAACUGUUGUGUAUUUUGAAGUGUGAUUUAUGAGCAAAACAGCAUCAACCCAUUCAAGUUGUUUGAUUAAUGAUGAGUUUUUAUAAAGAGACUCAAAUUCGACAUUUUAUUUUUUGGUUUGCUUUUCCCAUCGGACCGAGUUUGCCUGUGAUUGAAAACAAUAAAGAAGAGAAGACAAUUGAUGAAGUUGUGAUGCGUUGCAUUGAACUGGCCGUUCGUUGAACUCUCAUAACUUCCUCAGAAACGUGGCUCUGAGUUGUUUUCCUCCACACAGGGAACUUCACACUGACAUGUAAGGCUGAAAGUUCAGUAGCAUGAGCGUGUGGAGGAGCCUCGGGUCAUAUCCAGACAUAACCUCCCGAAGACUCUGACUUUAAGCGGCGCAGUUAAACGUAGCCUUGUCCUUGGAGUCGACACAAAAACCUAUAGAAAUUCCCCACGGCUUUGAACGAAGGUGCAACUUGCGGACUCCAUAGUAACCCGGACACAAAUCUGCGCUGCACUGUUUGCACACGCACAGACACACACAAGCAUUCACAAAGCAACCAUUUAACCCCAGUCCAGCCCAUCUGGAUUUACUUCACAUCCAUGUGUAAAAAACCACAGUUCCAGUGACAUCAUGUUGAAGUCUCCAGAAA